CAGAGGAUUACUGAGGUAAAUGUUGAAAGAGGUUUAGCCACUGUGCUUAGGCAGUGCUCUUAAUUACAUUUCAGCAGAGUGUCCCGCGUGCAGUUGGGCGAGAGAUCAUAGUGAUGUCAGGUAAGGGGGGGCUUAAGCAGGCAGAUAAAGCCUAGCUAAUAGAGAUAACAUGAAUCUGUAAUUAAAGGUCUUUUUUAGUUAAGACAAGGAGCUGGCACUUGUUGGCCAAGCAGUCUGCGGCAGGACCCAAGACCUGAGCAUCCCAGAGAGCGUGGGCUUUCUCGCUGGAGCUUUUGGCUUCUUUUUGGAGUCAUUUGGAAUGAAGUUAUGAAAAUUUUCAUCCUAACUGAGAGCUUGGACUGAUUCCCGCUUCUCUGGCAGACAUUCAGAGUAUUUGGAUUCUCAAUCUCAGACUACUAGGAGUCACGUUACAGUAAUAUCUGACGACUGAGAAAAGAUAAAGUACAGGAAAAGAAACGAACAGUGUCAGUGUCAUGACCCCACGUGAGCAGCUCAGGAAGAUCACAGCACUGGGCGAGCAGGGUGCCCUUGAUGAGAAGCACUGGUACAGACUGGUCAACGGCAUGUCUGCUGGAGCAGAGUUGCGACAGAGGCAGGAGCUCAUGAUGAGGAACCAGAUGGCCAUGGCUCCACAGAUCCUGGCUCAGGGGCAGCAGAGACUGCAGGGUGUGCCCGCACAGUUCGAUCCCCGCUUCAUGGAAAGGGAACUGGUGCCGCCCGCUGACAUGGUAUCAGCUGAUGCUAGACAGAUCCACAUGGGUGCCCACCUCGGCCAACAACUGCCCCCAAACUCUAACGUUAUUCCAGGCAGAGGAUAUCCUGGCACAGGUUACAACUUUCUUCAAACUGAAAGCAUGGAGACAGUUGCCAGGCGACAGGAGUUAAUUCACAAACAGAACAUAGCCAGGAUGGAGAUGAAUGCUAUCCUGCACCAAAAAGAAUUGGAAAAUGCCCACCAAAAGGGUCUUAUUAGUAUUGAGAAUCCCAUGAUGUACCAGGGCAUCCAACCCAAUCCAAUGGCAUUCAGGGGCCGUCAGAGACUCCCAGAUGGUCACGAUGUGUUCGUCCACCGCACUGCUCUCGAAGACCUGCACGCCAACAGCCUCCUCAUGUCAAGCCCUUACCCACCCAUCAGCACACUGCAAAGGGAGCGAGGGCGGAGGACAGGCCGAAGGACCACCAAUCACAAGAGUUCAGACAGCAACAUCACUCUCCCUAAGGGCCAAUCAGAAGAGAAGAACAUUGAGCAGAGUCCAGGAGCAGCUUCGGGGGAGGAGAAAGAAGCAGAAGGAAAAGGAAGUGACGCCACCAGCAGCAAACCACACCAAACCAAAGCCGAAACAGAGCUGUCUUCUGGCGGCAGUAGGAAAGGUUUUAAGGAGGGAGAGCCUGGGAUUCGCAAGGCGUGCAUUAGUGGACAGGAGGGAUGUGCAGAAGUCAGCAACUGCAAUGCAAGCACCAGUGAUAAAGACAUGUCCAACCCGUGCUCAGCUUUCCAGGACAAGUUUCUGUACCCGUCUACCUCUGGUCCACUCACAGGAAUGCCCUAUAUGCUCCCUGUGCCAGGAAAUGGACUUUUGCCACUCGGACCCCCUAAUAUGUUUCUCAAUGGAGAAGAGAUGUCUUCAUCAGAAGAUAUCCGCAAGUGGACAGUUGACGACGUCUACAGCUUUAUCAGUGAAAUCCCAAGCUGUGCCGAAUAUGCACAGACAUUCAAAGAGCACAUGAUUGAUGGAGAGACAUUGCCUCUUCUUACAGAGGAUCAUCUUCUGGACACACUUGGGCUAAAGCUCGGACCUGCGCUCAAGAUACGCUCACAGCUGUCCCGGCGGCUGGGUAACAUGUUCUACAACAUGAUGAAUUUGCCACUGCCCGUUUCUGGCCUUCAGCCUCCACCAGAGAAGAGUGUGGACCGAUCGUCAGACAUCAGCUCUCCGCUCAACUGCAACAGUGUGGAGAUGCUCAGCAGCCCCAGAGACACUGACGCUCUUAAAGCUGCAGAGCCUGUGAGUGAAGCUGACAACCCCUCGCCAAGCCAGAUGAGUGAGACCACCUAAACUACUGGACAAAUACCUCAAGAUCAUCUGCUGUCCCCUACUGCACUACUAACAUGCUGGAUUAUAUGUAUAAUAUAUAUUUUUAAAUGUCCAUCACAAAUGUAACGUUAUGCAAUAGGGGCUCUAAAAAGUUGAUAGACUGUUAAAUGCUGGAUUUUUCUACAUAUGUAUAUUUUGUAAUAAGUUAGUCAGCAAUUACAAAUCAGUUUUUGUCCUUGUCAUUAUAGCCUUUUAUAUUGUAAAAAAAAGGGUUUUUACUUGAAUUAUUAUCUAAUGUCAUGUGUGCUAUGAAGGAAAUAAACAUUUUACUCAUUGUU